AAAACUACAUUUUUAAAGUUACCAUUUAAGGAUCAUGAGGAAUAUAUUCAAUGCAUGCACAAUGACUGUCACGAGUUGGAUGCUCAUGCUGCUGUUCUGUAUGCAUUGCCACUGUGAGUUCCAACCUGUCCCUACUGCUGCAUGUGAGCCUAUGUGGAUGGAACCACGAUUCCCCUGUGAUGUCACAGUCUGCAAUGACUCUGACGUCAUUUUUAACUGUGAAGGGCGCCAUCUGCACGGAGUACCUAUUGGGAUAAUGAGGAAUGCAACUGACCUCAACUUAUCAGAAAAUAACAUAACAAAUAUUUCAGCGAAUGCAUUUCACAAUUUGUUGAAUUUGACCACACUCAAUCUGAACUGGGCAAACAGCAACAGGGAACUUCUCAUUGAUGCAAGCGCUUUCAAAAACCUGACAAACCUGAAACAUCUGAAAUUGACUGGCAACAGCCUGAAGAAUCUCCCCCUCAAUAUCCCCCUCAGUGUGGAAGUCCUUACUCUGAACAUGAACAAGAUUAAUUUGGAUAACAUGAACCUCACUAGCUUAGCAAACAUCACAGAGUUGUGGAUAUCAAAAAACUGCUACUCAUGGAUUCCCUGUAAAAGACCUGUGACUAUUAAGAAAGGCAGUUUUGCUGUUAUGGCCAAACUGCAGGUUCUGGAUUUGUCAUUUAACAACUUAACCGAGGUUCCCAAAGGAUUACCUCAGUCAUUGCAGGUGUUGAAGAUUGGAUCUAAUCAAAUACAACAGAUAUUUGAAGAUGAUUUUUUUGGGUUAUUUAAUUUAAAACAACUCUCAAUGCAAGGAAAUUGUCCAAGAUGUCAAAAUGCACCAUAUCCCUGUGUUCCCUGCAAAAACAUUUCUCUACGCAUCCAUCCUUUAGCAUUUCACAAUCUAACACAGUUACAGACCCUGCACCUGGGAGGAAACUCAUUGAAAUACCUGGAUCCCUCCUGGUUUGAGAGACUGCACAAGCUUAAACAAUUGUUCUUGUCAUUUAACUUCUUGCAAAAAGCAAUUGUUGGAGAGGCAAUAUUUCUUAGAAAUCUUAGGAAACUAGAAAAACUUGAUCUCUCUUUCAAUUUUGCUCUCAAACUCUAUCCUGAAACACUGAAUCUUUCACAUGACUUUUCAUGUCUGGUGUCACUAAGAACUUUGCAUUUAGCAGGGUUGGUCUUCCAGAAUAUUGGGCCAGGUACACUUAGACAUCUGUAUGAACUUAAAAACCUUUCUGCACUGAAUUUAGGGACUAACUUCAUCAUUCACUCUAAUUCAACCGUAUUCAGCAGUUUACGCAACUUGAAAAUGAUAUAUCUUGCAGAAAACAGGCUGUACCCCAUUCCAGGGAAAGAUCCUCCACAUCCAAAUGACAGAUACAUGCUGGGGUCAGGCCUUUCACUUUCCCCCCUAAUUAAAUCCUAUUCAAAAGACUUUACUUAUGAGAUAUCACACAAACUUGUCAAGCAAGAGUGCUAUAACUCUGGUCGAGUACUAAUCCUCAGCUCCAAUAAUCUGUUCUUCAUUUCUCCACAGCAGUUUGAUGGCUAUGGAAAUAUUGCAUGUCUCAACCUCUCCGGAAAUGGAUUUUCAGCAGCACUUAAUGGCACAGAGUUCUCUUCGCUACCGAAUCUGACAUACCUAGACCUAUCUUUUAACAAGAUUGAUCUGGCCUAUGACAAUGCCUUCAAAGAACUACAAAAUCUACAAGUGCUAGACCUCAGUUACAACUCACACUACUUUGAAGCAUACGGGAUAACGCAUAAUUUAAAUUUCUUAAAAAAUCUGCCAGCACUGAGAGUGCUUAAUAUGAGUCACAAUUCCAUUUCCACAUUAACAACAAAACAGCUUUGUAGCAAAUCUUUGAGCGAACUUCAGUUUACACAUAAUAAUCUUGGCUACAUUUGGAAAGACAGAGAUCGCGCAUACAAUAAGCUUUUCACUUCUCUUACUAAUUUGACAUAUCUAGAUAUAUCCAAAAACCAAAUUAAAAAGAUCCCAGACCAUAUUUAUCAAUAUUUACCACGUAACCUCACCAAACUAUGCAUAAGCAAUAACUUGCUCACUGAAUUUAAAUGGGACGCAUUAAACUAUUUCCAUCAACUUCAAAUUUUAGACCUGAGUUCCAAUUCUUUAGUUUAUGUGACGUGUAUAAACUCAAGCAUUACUCAGACUUUGACUUUCCUCGAUUUGAGUGGUAACCAAAUUUUCCACUUGGAUGACGGGUUCAUAAAUGGUCCGAAAAGUCUUGAGACUCUUAGCCUUAGUGGCAACAAACUCACCACCAUCAAUCAAUCGACCUUCCCACAAAAAAACAAUAAUCCGAUCCAUACUUUGUACUUGCAGGGAAACCCAUUUGAAUGCACCUGUGAUUCAUUAGAUUUCAUUCUGUGGAUGGAAAACAGUACAAUAAAAAUCCCAAGCCUGACCACUGAGGUGACGUGCGACACACCAGAAAACCAGAAAGGUCGAGCAUUGAUUUACUUUGACAUUAAGCAGUGUGUAAAUGACAGUGAGGCCUUCCCGUUAUACAUUCUCACAACUUUCUUCAUCACUGCUUUUAUGUUUGUGGCAACAGUUGCUCACCUAUUUUACUGGGAUGCGUCAUAUGUAAUACACUAUAUGAAAGCUAAGUUGAAGGGAUACAAAUCUUUGAACUCAACAGACAGUUACUAUGGUGUCUUUGUGACAUAUGACACCAAAGAUCCACAUGUCUCUGAAUGGGUAAUGAGAAAUCUGCGGGUGAAACUGGAAGAGGAAGGAGAGAAACAUCUCCCACUGUGUCUGGAGGAGAGGGACUGGGUCCCAGGAGUCCCACUGGUGGACAACCUCACUCAUAGCAUCAGAUACAGUCGCAAGACCCUAUUUGUCUUAACAGAGGACUAUGUUAAGACUGGGAUUUUCAAGCUGGCAAUGUAUCUGGCCCACCAAAGGCUACUGGAUGAAAAUGUGGACGUGAUUGUUCUGCUGAUGCUCGAGCCAGUCCUGCAACACUCUCACUUCCUGCGCCUGAGGAGAAGGGUGUGUGGAAAAAGUGUUGUAGAGUGGCCGAAGACAGCGGCCGCAGAGCCUUGGUUUUGGCAAAACCUUAGGAAUGUUGUCAGAGUAGACAAUCAGUUUAUGUACAACAAGAUCUAUUCAAAGUACUUCACAAACAGGUGAAGCAGAAAGUUCUAUGGCAAAUGUGUGGGAGUAAUUUAUAGAUCGUAUGUGGACAAUAUAAUCUUUUCUUUGUUUGUUUUGAAAGCACUGUACAUAUGUGAUCCUUCAUGUAUCACUUUGGAUGAGACUUCAGAGGCAUACAUUUGUGAAUUUCUUGUAAUUUUUGUGUAUUAUUAAAUAUUAAAUUGAAUAAAUGAAUCAACUGAUGUAA